AAUUUUGUCAUACUCUUCUCUUAUUGUUCUUAACCGCUAUUGUUCCUAACCGUAAGCGAUCUGAAGAAAACAAAUGACAGCUGUAGGCGGAGGCGGCGGAGACGGCGACGGCGUUGAAGGAAGCAAUGGCGGAAGCGAGAGUCGUCAUGUGGCGCCAUCUUGAUAUGCUUCUCUACCGUUGUGUACUCAUUCUGCCGCCUCCCGUCCUGGCAAGAGGACCUGACCGUCGUGAUCGGAGGCAGGCCGAUGUGCCGUUCGUGCGUGCGUGCCCUGCUCAAGAUGGCUUUGUCCGACGCGGCGCCGCAGUGAUAUCGCAUAGAGCAAAGUAUCGGCCAGAUCCAAUCCAAAUUGGAUUACUCUUGAGUAAGCUGAAGGAAGGUGAAGAAGACCGCCAGCACGACGACACACAUCACGAUCACGACGACGAGGAGGAAGAAGGUGGUAGUCGGCAACUUCCUCAGUGGCGCGGAGAUGUGACGCUUGUCGGCGAACCGAUGGCAGAAACACCCGAGAUGGAAUCGCCUUUGGCCCGUCAGGACUGUUUCGUUGAGGCCCAAGAGGAUUCCACCUCAGUGGAGGCCGAUACGGAAGACGUGUCAACAUCGGACGGGACGACAUCAAUGACGACAACAACGGCAAUAUCGGAUACUAUCGACGACGAUGACUAUGCGGCACGUCCAUCCGUCCUGCGAGAUUCGCGUAAGGACUUGACGGUAAUGUGCGAGAGAUUGGACGAGAAAUCCGAAGCCGAGGGAUCCGAAGCAAGACAAUCGAGUGAUUAUCCUUGUCUCCCAAAACUGGAGGAGAAUCAAGUCGAAGAGAAGAAGGGUCAGAUCGGGGAGAAGGAGGAUCAGGAGAGAGGACAGGAAGAGGAGGAAGAGAAGAAGGCAAAAAAUGGAAACGAGAAGGACGAGUUCGGUGCGAAAUUGAUGGAAGAUUCUCUUCAGAAACUUGAAGAGUCGCCGAAGACGGCUGAGUUUCAGAAUCACGACAUCGAAGAGUUCUCGGGGGUGCAAGAGAGCCAGAUAGGGACGUCCACAUCAUCGGACGUCUCCAGAAAGAGGUCGGCCGCGGAUGAUUUUUUGCCGAUUGGUACGGAGGCCAAGAGGAUCGGCAUUGAAAUCUCGGAGGAGCAAGCGAAUCAGCUGAAAAACGAUAUUAGGAGGCUGUCGCCGGUGUUAGUGAGCCUGCGGGAGAGGACCCUGGGCGAAGUGUCCCUGACCUCGGAAUCCUAUCUCUUCGGGAACGAUGUUGACGGUAGGAUAAUUUCAAGCUGCAACGACGUUCCGGCAGAAUCUUUUGUGACGAAUGAUUCCAAGAUUCAUGAUGUUGAUCGGAACUGUGAGAAGCAGGAUAUCGGCGAGGAGAAGAAAGAAACGAUCGUCAGGAUUGGUGUAAGUUCUUUGGAGUGCACGAGCAGCGCCAACGUUGGAGACACGUCGAAUUGCGCGAGUAAAAAAAUGGAUUGCGACAACGAGGAGGAGAUUACGACACUUGACGUAGCUUCUGUUGUAUUGUCGAAAGGUGACGAUUUGGACGGCACAACGGAGUCGCGUCAAGACGAUGUCAGAGACACAAACGUGAUCACAAACGCUGAAAGUGCGCUUUGCACUCCGACGAAAAAGUGUGUUGUUGAUACGACGAUACCAUCAAGUCCUAUUUGUCGAAAUUUAACCGUUGUGCUGAAUCGUAUCGAAGAGAAAGAUAUAAAGAAAAGGAACGAUCAAAUGGACAGAGACAUCACUGAGAAUAUGUGGGACUAUGUCGUUGAGGAGAGUUUGCCUUCCAAUAGAAGAAGAGAUUUCGUCGAGGAGGAGCGUGAUUCGGUUGUUGAAUCUUGUGAAUCUGAAGAAGCCCAGGAGAAGAACGCGAAGAAGCAACGAUGGCAAAGCGAUUCCUCUCCAAUAACCAGGUCAAGGAAAUGCGAGCUGACAGAGAACGGAACUUGCAGUCCGGAUAGUGGAUUGGUCCUGAAGAAGUGCAAGGUGGUGCUGGAGAGAAUCGGUGAAAUCCUGGGACAUUCGUCACAAGGAGAGAACGCCGAGGAAAACGGAAUCAUAAGUCAAGAGUUUGAGAAAGAUGACGAGUCUGCGCCUGUAGCGAUAAUCGGCAAGCUGGAAGAGGAUGAGGAGGUGGUACUGGCGAGCUCGUCGCUCACGGCUGAAGAUAGCCGCGCGUCUAACGAGCUGGACUCAUCGGAGACGAUGCCAAGCUCGCCAGAGGAAGCACCAGAAGCAUCGAUAGAAGUCGCUGAAGGCGUCGAUACCGAGACAGAAACGGAAACCGGCUCUGAUAGUUCGGAAGUAUCACCCAUCACUAGCAUUCGUCACGAGCUACGCGACGUCGACAUGGCGCCCGAUCAACUACCCUGUUCUGAGGGAGUCGCUCUGUGCUGUGUGGAAGCGAUGGCGCCGAUUAUGACGAGAUUGGAGGCCGAACGGCCGGAAGCGUAUACGGAGGACUCUGCUGAGAGUUUGGCCUUGGCGACUGGCGCCAGGGACGAGGUCAGAUCCGACGGGAGUGAUUCCGGUCUGGGGAAUGAAAUCCCCGGUGACUCUGGACCAGCGCCCGCACCGGAAAGCGACUCGGAGACAUCCUUCCUCGACAGAUUGCCGGACGACAUCCUCUCCGACAAGGAGAAAGGCGUAAACCAAUUGGACAGCUAUGCGCCGUCCUCGGGUGCGUCUGGUGCACCGGGUCAGCUACCUCUGACGAGCUUUCAAACACUUCCGGCCAAAAGCAACCUGAAGCGCAGGCUGACCGAUUGCAUGGAGGGUGACGAGUCACGGAGCAACGUCGACGAGCCCGUGAAAAAGAAGCGCAACAUCCAGUUCGAUGCAGUGACAGUCUAUUACUUCCCUCGGGCGCAGGGCUUCACCUGCGUACCUUCUCAAGGCGGCAGCACCCUGGGCAUGAGCGCGACGCACACACACGCGGAGAGGUUCUCGCUGUCGGAACACGCGGCCGAGCAAAGGCGGAUUCAUCGCGCUCGCCUCGCGCAGCUACGCUCCGAGCGCAGCUGCGCGACCAACUGCGUAACCGAGACGGCGUCAAGUUCGGAGGAUCCGAGCGAUGACACCGACGAGGAGCCGAGCGACAACGAGGAGCUCGACAUCGAUAGCUACUACUUUCUACAGCCGGUGCCCACGUGGCAGCGGCGGGCGCUUCUCAGGGCCGCCGGUGUACGAAGGAUAGACGCCAUCGAAAAGGACGAGUGCCGGGAUAUUCGCGCGAGCAGGGAGCACUGCGGGUGCGGCUGCAAGGGGUACUGCGAUCCCGAGAGCUGUCCUUGCAGCAGGGCCAACGUAAAGUGUCAGGUGGAUCGUCCAGGUUUCCCUUGCGGCUGCACGCGGGAUGGUUGCGCAAACAGCACAGGCAGGAUCGAAUUCAACCCCGUGAGAGUACGAACGCAUUUUAUCCACACGCUGAUGCGAUUAGAACUGGAGAAGAAGCAGCGUGAGGAAGACGGUGGCGGUGAUCAUGACCAGACGGACAAUCAGGGACAGCGCGACAGGAGUGCUCGUCCUUUGAGGGAUAUCGGUUCUUUAGGCAUGGAGACAACCGUAGCCGGUGACGCGUGCGCGAUUCCGGGUACAGGACCCGGAGGCGGAGGGGGCGGAUUCACGACGUUGCAUUACGAGACAAGUCACGAGGGUGUCGGGGCUGGCGUGGUAGCGGGCGGCUGCCAACCGGAGGUGCCUGGUACGCGAGAGGACAGCCUGGAUUUAUAUGCCAUCAGAGAUGACUGUUACGCGAGCGAAGACACGGUGGACAGCAGCCAGUCAGGCGUUGUGCAGCGGAAAUUGCAUCCGGAAUUUGGCCAGGCCUUCCAGAGCUUCUCGCCCGGUGGCCAAAGCGGCGGCACCGCCGGCGCGGGCGGUGGUGGCGGUGGUGGCGGUGGUGGCAGUAGUGGCAGUAGUAAUGGCGGUGGCAUGAGCUUCCAGCAAUCCUCUUACCAGGAUUAUGGAUCGCCAUACGCGGGACUCCCAUCUACGUCGCGAGUCCAAUUCCAACCGUCGCCGUCGCAGUUUCAGUCGCCAUCAAAUCCGGCUGCUUUUGCGCAUUACGGAUCCUACGGCGGACCACAAGAUGCCGCGAGUACUGCACUUCAAGGCUGCACCGGCCAGGUUCAUCAAAUGCCGCAGCCUCCGCCGCCGCCAUCGACAUCGCAGAGUCAACAGCAGCAACAGCAACAGCAGCAGCAGCAGCAGCAGCAACAGCAUUCGUCUUACGAUGCGACAGUGUUCGCGCAGGAUGAUGCCACGAGUACCACACAGUACACGAACCUCACUAAUUCGGUGCAGCCAAUGAACGCGACGGUGGUGCAGCAGAUGCAGGGUAAGCUCGAGCCUUUCUCGGAGCUGCUCAGCGGCAGAUACUCGUAUUACGGCGAGAUGCACGAGCCGCAGCAGCACCAUAAUACAUACGGUACUCACGGAACUACCGGCAAGAUCGCGGAAAUAAUCGAGCCCGAUCAAGUCACCGGCGAGCAACAAGCCGAUAGCACAGUUGAGGAUUGUGACGAGAACUUCGGCGAGAUUAUCAAGAAGUCCAUGGUUGAAACUGUGUCUGCCUAGAACGGAGGAAGUCUACCUCGCAUGGAAUUGUCCAGGAGGAGUACCGGGGAUACUCAGUGCACGCCAAAAAGCUGCAUUUCUUUCUGUCGGUCUCUUUGAAAUCGAAAGACUGGAGCCUCCUCUCUCUAUCUACAUACAUGAUAAGCUUGAUAUCGAGAAACUCCUUAACGUUUGAUAGUUUGUUUCUCUCGAGUCUUUCGUCUAGGAUCGCUUGAAUGGCGGGAUUCAUUGAAUACAUCCUGGACUCGAUACACCUCAUGGACGAUCUACAUCACUUGACGUCUCGGCUCCUUUGAUGUCUGGAAAAUUAAAAACCUUGGAACUUCCUUCAAGUUCAAAAUAAUCUCUAAAAUUAGGACUUCGAGGACAAUCUAGAUGAAGGACUAGAAGGAACUUCGGGAGUUGUUAACGAUUUAUUCCCCCGCGCGAUUUGCGAAUAGGGGUGAACGUAUGGUGCCCUCCGAAGGAGACGGAAAAUCUCCUGGGGCUAGAAUAACGUCGGAUGUCCAAGAGAUCUCGCAUAGAGAUCGUUAGGAAAUUUUACGACUACGACGUGUGCGUCCGCCCGGGAUGAAGUGACUCGCGACGUCAUCGUCGGCAUCCUCCUGGAGCGUCAGGAUCGUUAUGUUAGUUAUUCAAUGUCGACAACUUCACGAUUGCAGUUUAUAAUAUCUAAGAAGAGCGAUCAUUCAAUUCUUUUUCGUUGCGAUAAACGAUUGAUUCUUGUUUGCGAUGGAAGAUAAAAAAUUAUGUCAAAUCGCGAAGUUGACCGACUUAUUCGAUUUAGGUCGUCGACGAUGUACGUUGUGCGAGACGAUGACGAGGAUCUCGGUCUAGAAGGUCUUGAAAUAAAACCUUUCGAGCUCUGAGAUUCUCGUCGGAUAUCUUCUCUAAGAGCGAUCCGUGAGCUAUGGUGGAAAGAGAUUUCAACGAGGUUGUGACCAAGAAAUAACACAUGGGAUCAGCUUAUAGAUUGCAGUUUAUAAUAUCUAACUUUAAGCAUAGGGCCGAUCGACCAGGAAUGGGUCGCGUGUUCUUUUAGACAGGCCUCACGUCAGAGGCUAUGUCCGAAUAAUGUAUCGAUCUAGAGCGAAUCUGCACUCGCUCUAAUUCGAGAGAAUCGUUCUGGAAUAUACACAUACACAACACAAUAUACAUAUACACAAAAAAA